CACACGGCCCUCAAGCUGUACAUUUCUGCUACUGCUUAGAAACUCUACUACAGGUGCAAUGAGUGCUAAAUAGAGCCAAAGGGUUUGUCGCUUAAAAUAUACAAGUUGCUUUUUAACGGCAAUAUAAUAACGUAACAUAAUUUCCCUGUAAAACUUUGCGCAAAGCUCAUUCUGGGAUAAAUGAUGACGGCCAAAACUCUGGAGAAAACCCCAGUAACUCACAAUGCCUUUGUAAACCCUCUUCCCGAGAACUACUCGGUGAACGCGAUCGCCACAACAUUGCCAACUCCGGUUACAAUUUUUCCAGAUGCCGAAUUGGGAGGGCAUUACGACCACAUUAGCGGAGCUUCAGGAGAUGGCUUGAUCAGUGAUGACAUACUAGAAAAGCGCUCUUUCGAAUUGUACUCGAGCGGUUUUACGCAGACAACAGCGCCUCGCAACCAAACAUUUACCUACAUGGGAAAGUUUUCAAUCGACUCUCAGUAUGCAGGAGGUAACUGGAGUCCGGAGGGCGUCAUUAAUAUCGUCAGCGCUGGGAUCCUGGACAUGACCCAGCCAUCCUCCACGUCCGCUUCAUCGGUAUCCUCAGUUUCACCGAACCAGUUUGGUGGCACCAUGAACUACACUGUGGCACAAAGUCAGCCUAUGGAUAUGUACUCUCCGCCGCCACCAUACUCGGUUGGAGAGGUAUACCAAGACCCAUCUGGCUUUCUUUCAAAUUCCACCUGUCCCAUUUCGUAUCCUCCACCGUCUUAUUCACCUCCAAAGCCAACAACAGACAGUGCGCUAUUCCCCAUCAUCCCAAACUAUGGCAGCUUCUUUCAGUCUCCAUGCCAGCGGGACAUCCAGACAGUCUCUGAUCGAAAACCAUUUCCAUGUCCCGUAGAGCCAGUCAAAGUCCCGCCACCUCUCACACCCCUUAACACUAUCAGGAAUUUUACAUUAGGCGGGACAGCGCUGGAGGGACCCAGGUUACCCAUGGUCUACAAUCCCCAGAAUCUACCGCUGAGACCCAUUCUGCGGCCGCGGAAAUACCCGAACCGACCGUGCAAGACUCCUGUUCACGAGCGGCCGUACCCUUGUCCGGCGGAAGGUUGCGAUAGACGAUUCUCUCGAUCUGACGAGCUGACGAGACACAUUCGAAUCCACACGGGACAUAAACCCUUCCGGUGCCGGAUCUGCAUGCGGAACUUCAGCCGGAGCGACCACCUCACCACUCACAUCCGCACGCACACGGGAGAGAAACCAUUCGCCUGCGAUUACUGUGGCAAAAAAUUCGCUAGAAGCGACGAGCGAAAAAGACACACCAAAAUCCACCUCAGACAGAGAGAGCGGAAAUCUACCGGUGCCGCCUCAGUAAAGGCGGCGCAGAACUCCGAGCGACAUGUCCCCUCCGGCACCUCCACCGGGGCAGUGAGACCCUCCGGCAUCGGUCACUAGGACGCAUGACCUCACCGGACUGCACAAGCCCAAAUAACAAGCACUAACUAUGUAACACGUUGACAAGAGAGUACACAGACAAGUUAUUUGAAAAUUCCCUGACAUUGUAUUAUAUGCCAUUGUGUCAAGUGCGCAUGCACAUCUUAUCAUUUUUGGCCAUGUCGAACGUACACAUCGACCUGAACGCACUUUUUUUUGGUAUUUUUCUUCAGGUCCGCUUCGAUUAAUUUCAGUUAACUUGGAAAGCGCAGAGACAAGACAUACCUAACAGUAUUUUUGAUUAUUAUUAUUUGUUGCCUGUGCUUUGGUCCUGCAGACCAGUCCUUAGAGGAAGUGGUGGAAAA